AUGCACAGCCCCUGUCUGUCCCAGCUGGCUUGCAUUGGACUGAUUAGGCAGCUGGGAGCGGGGCAUCAGACAGCACUGCACCGGGCAGCUGUGGUGGGAAACCGUGAGGUCAUCUCCGCCCUCGUCCAGGGAGGCUGUGCCCUCGACCUGCAGGACAAGGAUUUAUUUCAGCAGGAGGGAAACACCGCUCUGCACGAGGUGGCGUGGCACGGUUUCAGCCAGUCUGUUAAAGUUCUGGUGAAAGCUGGAGCGAACUUGCACAUUCAGAACAAGGGAGGAAGCACUCCUCUUCAUCUGGCCUGUCAGAACGGACACGCUCAGAGCGCUCGAGUGCUGCUGCUCGGAGGAUCAGUUCCAGACAUCAAAAACAAGGCAGGUGACACAUGUUUACACAUUGCCGCUCGGUACAAUCACGUGGUGGUGGUGAAGAUUCUCCUGGGUGCGUUCUGCUCUGUGGCUGAGAAAAACCAGGUAGGAGAUACUGCUCUUCACGUGGCCGCCGCCUUAAAUCACAAGAAAACAGUGAGUCUGUUACUGGAGGCGGGAGCUGACUGCAGCAUAAAGAACAAUGCAGGUCGCACAGCGCUGGAUAAAGCCAGAGACAAUAAUAACAGAGAAGUGUCUCUUCUUCUGGCCAGAUCCAACCAGGUUCAGAGGUUCACACGCGGCAGGACUGUGAGGAAGAGGAGGGAUGUACUGAGAGCUCAGAGAAGAGCCCAGUCUGUACCCCGAGAUGAGGUGCUACCUGGCAAGGACAGUCCAUCGGUGGGCGAGGACACGCACAGCAGCGACCGCGUGAUUCGCAGGAUCGCACAUCCUUUGGGAAACACCACGUCCAGCCCUCACACCAGGAGGAAGAUCAGGAGGCAUAAAGAGAGGUCAGAACACACUUCCCAGAGAGAGACCCUCCUACAGACAGCAACCAAGCGACCUGGACACAGCAGCUCCAGCCCUCAGGAAGAGGAACGGCAUCCAAACGGAAACGCGUACCAGCUUUACACCCUGUACCGGGACAUAGAUGGGUGCAUAAAACAGGCACCUGCUAAUGGCUGUAACUGCAAACCCUUAAUCAAGAAACUGGAGCACCAGCUGAAAGCCACCAAGAAGGAGAUGAGGUCUCAGAUCCACAUGGUUCAGGAGCAGAUGAACUGCAAACUGGGGAGAAUAGACUGUCAGAGCAAACAGCAGAUUAAAGUUCUGGAGAAGAUGACGCAGGAGCGAGUAUCUGCUGAGAGGAUGGAGUGCCGUUACCGCAUCAAUCAGAGAGCCACUUUGGAGAGAACGGAGAACCAGACGAGACAGGCGUCUGCAGCCGGCGAGGUGAAAAACUGGUGCAUGUCGAAGCUGCAGGAGAUGGAGGUGCAGCUACCAGCAGAAUCUGGGUACUAUAAACUGGUCCAGUCUCCUUCAACUGAUCAUUCAGUGCUGGAGACUGACCCAGAGCGUCUCCCGCUGCUGUCGGUCAUCUCUGCGGACAGCGGCAGCUCUCUGGCCACCUACGUCAAUCUGUUACCAAACCCUGCAGCCACAGGUUCUGCUGGGAAAAGCCCAGAGUUUGAUGAUCUUCAGGGAAGGAAAUAUUUUGAGGUGAAGCUGGACGGAUCACCCAGUAGACCAACAUGUCUGUCGGACAAUUACCAGAACAUAUCACAGCACUGUGCCACGCCGCCCAUCCCAGCCCAUCCCGUAAACCCACACAGACCCCUCAUCAGACAGCUGGCCAACGCUGACCCCCAGUGGCUGAACCCAGAACAGAGAGAGUCUGAGUGCAGACGGGGUCAGAGCGAGGAGCUGAGCUACAGCAGCACCAGCAGCAGCCUGUCCCCGUCCAGCAGGGGCUUCGACGACAGCGACCCCGAGCCCUCCAGACUCCAGGCCUGGCACCACCGCAAGCACCUGAGGGACCGGAUCAGAGCCCACCGAGCCAACGCCCAGCCGGGCAGCACCCUGCACACCCUGGAGUUCUUCACCGAGCGGCCCCCGGAGCCCUCCUUCAUCCAGGAGAGGGCCAACCUGCACGCCGUGGAGGUCACCCAGCGCUUCUUCGAGACGGUGUCCACGCAGCUGGAGCGCUGGUACGAGAGGAAGAUCCAGGAAGCACAGAGAGCCGUGGAGCACAGGGCACAGCAGGACAGAGCCGGCCUGCUGCAUCGCAUCGACGCCCUGGAGGAGGAGCUCCGGAGACUGAGGGCCAGAGAGCCUAAUGACUGCUUAAACCCUUAAAACCCUACAGACGGACUUUACGGCCAAAAUCGCACCUUGUGUUCUCAGCUUAAUUACUCAGGAAACCCUUCACACAUAAACCUAAUCCAUAUAUGGUUAGAAAGGGCGGAGCUUACUCUUUCUAAAAAUAGUGAUGAAUAACAUCCCAGUGCGGUAAAGCUAAAUCUACAAGAAACCCAUUGAGAAAAACACCUAAAAAAGUGAAAAAUCUCCUUCCCCAACCAAUAUUUAAUAUUUACCUUUAGUGCUUCAAACAUAUUUAUAUGAUGUUUCAAACCAAAUAAUAUCAGUAAAUAAAGACUCAAAAGAAAAAACACAGAAAAAACGUGUGAAACUACCUGCUUUACUCAAACUAAAGCUAGGUAUGUUGUGCGCACUACUUUAUAUCGUUUUUAUUUUACUCGCACAUUUUUACUAAGUAGUUAUUUUGCACUAAACUAAAUUUUUAUUUAUUUAGACUAAAAAGUUUACAUUUUUGUAUAUAUUUAUUUAUUUUCUUUGUGUGUCCUGACUCUCAUAUACACUCUAGUCUAAGCAUUUUUGAAAAGAUAUCUUAGGUGUGAAUAUAUUUAAAGUCUAUACAUUAAAAAAAUGAGUAAAAAAAAACAACUAGUUUUUAUACAGAUUCUCUCCAAAAAACCUAAUGUAGCAUAUUUAGAGUGGCGCUGCCACUUUGGUCGGGAGAUUGCUAGUUUGAAUCCUGGUCAUGCAGCUUGCCAUCAGCUGCCGGAGCCCUGAAAGAGCACAAUUGGUCUUGCUCUCUCUCUCUGGGUGAGUACAGUAGAUGGCGCUCUUUCCCCUCAUCGCUCCUAGGGUGAUGUGGAUCAGCACAAGGCUGUGUCUGUGAGCUGAUGUAUCGGAACCGAUUCGCUGCGCUUUCCUUUGAGCGUUAGCGCUGUGAUGCUACUUAGCAGUUGCAAAAGAGGCGGAGUCUGACUUCACAUCACUAGUGAUAGGGGGAGUCUUAUUGAGUGGGUUGGGUAAUUGGCCGUGUAAAUUGGGGAGAAAAUGGGAUGAAUAUAAAUGUGAUUUAAAAUAAAAGCACAAAAAUAUUAAAUUAUUAUAAUUAUUAUUAUAAUAAUAAUUAUUAUUAUAUGGUAAUUUAUGUGUUUAUUGAGAGCAACCCACUCCACACAAGAAGGAUGCCAAAAAUAGCUUUUAGAGGAUCUACACUCAGGAUUUGUUGAUUUACAUAAAGUUGAAAAGGCUACAAAGGCAAACUAUUUACAAAUGGAGACAAUUUGGGACUGUGGCUACCCAGACAAAAUUGCCCCUAGAGCACAGCAGAGACUCAUCUAUGAGGUAAAGAAAUUCUGAGUGAAAUAACUGCAUGUCUGAAAUUCCUCAGUGGUACUGGCAAAAUCUUUUUUGAGAUUGAAGUGCUGUAAGAUUGAAUUGCUGCUCUGAUAAAGAUCACACUAAAAACAUCAUGCUAACUGUAUAACAUGGUUGAGGGAACAUCAGGAUGUGGGUCUGCUUUGGUGUAUUAGGGUCUGGACAGCUAAAAAUCACUGAGGGAAAGAUUAAUUAUUAUAGGAUAUUGUGAGAGUGUCUGUACAUCAGAUGAAACCCUGUAGAUGUUGGAUCACGCAACAGGACAAUGACCCAAAACUUAUUAUAUGUUUUGGAGUACUAGUCAGAUUUAUUCAAUGUUGGCAUUGUAAAAAAACGAUAUGGACACAGUCUGAUGCUAAUAAUAUGUAUUUCUUAAAACAAAAAUAAAAUACAAAUAGUAAGUAACUGAAUACAGGAUGCAGUUUUGUUUUUUCUAGAUUGUGAAAAUAUUUAACUUCUUUCCUAUGCUUGGAAUUAUGCUUCUUAUUUUCUCUGUUUGUAUUGGAAAGGCAAAACUAAUUAAUAAAAAAAAGCCAGACCUGUCAGUUACCCAUCCAUAAUGCUGUAACAUGUAUAUAUAAUAUGAUAUAUACAGCUCUGAAAAAAAAUAAGAGACCACUUCAGUUUCUGAAUCAGAUUUUGCUAUUUAUAGGUUUAUGUUUGAGUAUUUAAGCAUUCAUUUAGAGCAUUUAUUUGCAGAAAAUGAAAUGAAAUGAAAAGAUGCAGAGCUUUGAGAUCUCAAAUAAUGCAAAGAAAACAAGUUCAUAUUCAUAAAGUUUUAAGAGUUCAGAAAUUAAUAUUUGGUGGAAUAACCCUGGUUAGUUUUUAAUCACAUUUUUCAUGCAUCUUGGCAUCAUGUUCUCCUCCAUCAGUCUUACACACUGAUUUUGGAUAACUUUAUGCUGCUUUACUCCUGGUGCAAAAAUUCAAGCAGUUCAGUUUGGUGGUUUGAUGGCUUGUGAUCAUCCAUCUUCCUCUUGAUUAUAUUCCAGAGGCUUUUAAUUUGGUAAAAUCAAAGAAACUCAUCAUUUUUA